AUGUCCGACAUCGACAAAGACUUUUUCAACGCGUUGGCAUUGCUGCACUCAACUGCGGAGAACAGCACCGAGGAACUUCGUCGGAUGCUGGAUGCUUGCAUCGAGAGAAAGCACGGCCGCGGAAAGACUCUGGCCGCCAGGAUGCCAAAGAGAUUUCUGCACAACAUCGAACUGCACGACGACGCGACUUCUGCGACGCGCACCACGAUGAGACGCGAGGUCGCGGAGGGUUCCGGGACUGCUUCUCCCUUCGCGGUCGAUCUGACGGAAAACAUUGCGAGCGGAGGAACAUGUCGAGCGGUUGAUGCAAAAGCAUUCGAGGUCGCUUACGAAGAGUGUUGCAACGACGAGGACGUCCCUAGGAUCUCGAUUCCCGACGAAGGAUUAUCCGUCGACGGAGCCGUGUGCAAGAUAUGUAACGGAGCGAAGCUGGGAGCGUUGAUUUUGCUGGAGUGUCAAGAGUGUCAGGAGGCUUAUCAUCCGUUGUGUCAUCAACCUCCGAUCGUGGAUGUCGACGUGUACGAUCCUAGAUUCGUGUGGCGGUGCAGACGGUGCGUCGACACGUCAUCGUCGUCGGUGACUCCCUCGAAAAUUAAAGUUAUGGGAAAAGGUUACGUGGACAAAGUUCGACAAAUUAACGUCGUCGAGGAAAAAAAGAAUGUAUCAGGAUCGAAGACGCUCGGAAAAAGAUGCGGCGUUUCUCUCGGGAAAUAUGGUACGCAUCGCAACAAUACGAACAAUACGCAACAGUACGAAUAG